AUGGUGUCUACUCCGCAGCUUCCAAAUGGUUUUAGCCGAUACCUAGCCAGCAAGUACAUCUGGCAUGCUGCCACGAUUCGCAAAGUCCUUGCUCGUGCCAAGGACCAAGGAGUUGCGGAAGGCAACAUGAAUGUGGCGGUCUCCAGUCUGAAGAAGGGUAAGCUGGGCACGAUUCGAUCCCACUCCAAUGUCAUCAAGCCCGUGCUGACGGAGGCGAACGAGUACACUCCUUUGAAGUUCGCCAUGAGCUUCGUUCGGCCAGACAUGCAGUUCAAUGAACUUCUGAACUACGUCCACAUUGAUGAGAAAUGGUUCUACCUUACAAAGACAGCUCGUACGUAUUACCUUGUACAUGGGAGAGUAAGCCCGAACGCAAUGUAA